AUGGCGGCGGUGGCGGCCCUGUGGCGGAGGGCUAGGGACUACAUGAAGGGCAAGGAGCUCCUGGAAUAUCUGACCAGCACUCACUUCUGGGGUCCUGUGGCCAACUGGGGCCUUCCGCUGGCCGCCUUUAAGGACAUGAACUCUCCGCCAGACAUCAGCGGCCGCAUGACAAGGGUGCUCAUCUUCUACUCGACGGCCUUUAUGAGCUUCGCUUACUGUGUACAGCCUUGAAAUUUACUGCUGAUGUCGUGUCACGGCACUAACGUGGUGGCACAAAGUGUGCAGGCGGGCCGCUACCUCAUUCACCACUAUGGUGGUGGCGCCAGGCCAGCCAUCGCCCCUACCGCUCCUACCACCGACACUGCUGCUGCCACCACUGAGAUCUCUGCAAUCGCCAGGGACCCUACUGCUGCCAGUCCCUGCUAGGCGCCUGUCGGCCCCAGUCCAUGGCCCCUGGAACAAGGCUGAGGGCCAGGUAGAAGCUUGCAAGCAUGAAACUAUCAUUCCUCGGAAGACAA